GAAGAAGCACUUCUCCGUCUUCUUCUUCGUGUGACAUCACAGCGUGUCCUCGGCUAACAGCUGUUAGCAGAGCUUCAGUAUGAGCACAGAGAAGAGACACAGAGGAGGAAAACACAGAGAAGAAGAGAAGGAUGACGAUGAAGAGGACUUCUUCGACUGUAAGGAGACUCUGGGGCCUCCAGACCUGAGAAGGAAGGAGGAGGAGACCCAAGCAGAGUCAGAAAACCAUCCUGAAGAAACUGAGAGACUGAUAGAAACAAGAGGCAACGCAGAGAGUGAGACAGAAGGAGGACAUCAGGAGGAGCAGGAAGACAGGCUGCAGGAAGACAGGCUGCAGGACGACAGGCUGCAGGACGACAGGCUGCAGGACGACAGGCAGCAGGAAGACAGGCUGCAGGAAGACGUGCUGCAGGAAGACAGGCUGCAGGAAGACGUGCUACAGGAAGACAGGCUUCAGGAUUUGGACUCGGAGAUGGAGGAGAAGAGUCGGGACGUUGAGUUUGAUGAUGAAUAUCUGAGCGAGGUGGAGAAAGAGCUGACAGACGAGGAGAGAGAGAGUCGACGACAGCAGAGUUUAAUUCUGAAGGAAAAAGGAAACCUCCAGUUUAAAGUCAGAGAUUACACAGCGGCAGACGUCACGUACACCGAGGCUCUGGUUCUGUGUCCCGUGUGUUUCCGUGGAGAAAGAUCGGUACUGUUCUCCAACAGAGCUGCAGCCAGACUUCACCUGGAUCUGAAGGAGCAGGCGAUCUCAGACUGCACCAGAGCGAUAGAGUUGAAUCCAGAUUAUGUGCGGGCGUUGCUGAGGAGGGCGGAGCUAUAUGAACAGACAGAGAAGCUGGACGAAGCACUAGAGGACUACAAGAAGGUUCUGGAGCGAGACCCGAGCCAGACCAGUGCCGGACAGGCCUGCAUGAGAUUACCUCAGCAGAUUCAGGAGAAAAAUGAGAAGUUGAAGGAGGAGAUGCUCGGUAAACUGAAGGAUGUUGGGAACAUGAUCUUGAGGCCGUUCGGACUUUCAACCAACAACUUCCAGGUGAACCAGGAUCAGUCGGGAUCCUACUCCAUCAACUUCGUCCAGAACACCCACAGGUGAUGUCAUCAUGACGUCACCGCUCUGUUUUUCACCUCAAUAAAGUUGAAUUGAUCAGUU